GUACUGAUAAACGAAGGUGACUAAACGCCAAUACAAAACGACUUCACCCACUUUCUUUUCUCUUUCUAUACUCUCAAUCUUCACAUUCUUUUCCCAUUAUUUCAAGCCAAAUCACUUGCUUCUCUAAUUUGAUUCCAAUUUGGACUAUUCAGUACCAUUAGUCUUCAUCCCUGUACUCAAAUUCUUGCUUUUUAAUGUUUCUUCUUUAUUACAGUGCUCUGUUUUCAGCUUUUUCUCAGGAAACAGAGCUCCAUUUUCUUUCCAGAAUUCAAUAAACUAAAGAAGCAAUCCUGUUCUUUAGUUUUCAUCUUAAUUCUUUAAAGUUUCAACUGUGUUCUUGUUUUCUUGGAGAGAAAAAACUCUACCUCUUUUAUUCAUCACGAGAUUUUCAUUUCAGAACAGCAAGUGGAUUCAAGAAACUCAGAUUCCAAUUCUCACCAAGAAUAGUUGGUGAUCAAUGGCAGAAAUUUAAAGGAGCAUUAUUGCAGCUUCUGUUCUUUCUUAUAAUGGCCAGAAUCUCUUUACUCUCCAUUCUUUUCUUCUCAAUGCUCCUUCCUUGUUUUGGAUCCAAUUCUGAAACAGAGGCCUUGCUUGAAUUCAAGAAACACCUCGAAGACCCAUUAAAUGUUUUGGAAUCUUGGAAAGAGUCAGAGUUUGCUCCAUGCAACUUUUCAGGAAUUACUUGUGAUUCAACAACUGGAAAAGUUACUGUAAUUUCAUUUGAUAAUAAAUCUCUUUCUGGUGAGAUUUCACCUUCUAUUUCUUUAUUUAAAAGCUUGACUACCCUUUCAUUGCCUUCUAAUAAACUUUCAAGAAAGCUUCCUUCUGAGAUUACUAAUUGCACCCAUCUGAAAAUUCUGAAUCUUACCGGAAACGAGUUUGUUGGAGUUUUACCUGAUCUUUCUUCUUUGAGAAACUUGGAGUUUCUUGAUUUGUCUUUAAACUACUUUUCGGGUAAGUUUCCGGGUUGGGUUGGAAAUUUAACAGGUUUGGUUCAGCUAGCUAUUGGGCAAAAUGAGUUUGAUGAGAGUGAAAUUCCUGAAAGCAUUGGGAAUUUGAAGAAUUUGACUUUGUUGUUUCUAGCAGAUUCCCAUUUGAUUGGAGAGAUUCCUGAGUCUAUUUUUGGACUUGUAGAGCUGGAAACACUUGAUAUUUCCAGAAACAAGAUUUCAGGGCAAUUCCCAAAAUCAAUUUCUAAGUUGCAAAAGCUUUGGAAAAUUGAGCUUUUCGUUAAUAAUUUGACUGGGGAAAUCCCAUUGGAGCUUGCAAAUCUCACCCUUCUGCGCGAAAUUGAUAUUUCUGCUAAUCAGAUGUAUGGAAAAAUUCCUGAGGAAAUUGGUAAUAUGAAGAAUUUGGUAGUGUUUCAGAUAUAUGAUAACAGCUUCUCUGGAGAAAUUCCAUCUAGUUUUGGAGAAUUGUGUCAUCUGGACGCGUUCUCGAUCUAUAGAAACAAUUUUUCCGGGGAGUUUCCUGCGAAUUUCGGUAGGUUCUCACCACUGAACAGUUUUGAUAUAUCUGAGAAUCAAUUUUCAGGUAGUUUCCCCAAGUUCUUAUGUGAAGGCAGAAAGUUACAGUAUUUGCUUGCUUUAGGGAACAGGUUUUCCGGUGAGUUAUCAGAUUCUUAUGCUGAGUGUAAGACCUUGGAAAGAUUCAGGAUCAGCAAGAACAUGAUAUCAGGACAGAUUUCUGAUGAGAUUUGGGCUCUGCCACAUGUCAUUAUACUAGAUUUCAGUGAUAAUGAGUUGAGUGGACAGAUAUCUUCUAGAAUUGGUUUAUCUACCAGCUUGAAUCAGUUGAGUCUGCAGAAUAACCGGUUUUCAGGUCAGCUUCCGUCAGAAUUCGGAAAUUUGAUGAAUCUACAGAGGCUCUACCUGAAUAACAAUAACUUUUCCGGUGAAAUUCCUUCUGAAAUUGGUAGCCUGAAGCAGUUAACAUCCUUGCAUUUGGAACAUAAUUCAUUGACCGGAGCCAUACCGUCCAAGCUGAGUGAUUGCGCCGGACUGGUAGACCUGAAUCUUGCUGCUAAUUCACUUUCCGGUCAAAUUCCUCGUACACUUCCUCUAAUGAUCGCUUUGAACUCACUGAAUCUUUCAGAAAAUAAACUGACAGGGUUUAUUCCAGAAGAUUUGGAGAAAUUGAAAUUAAGUUCAAUUGAUUUGUCAGGAAACCAAUUAUCAGGAAAUGUUCCGUCUGUUCUUUUGAGCAUGGGUGGUGACAGAGCGUUUACAGGAAACAAAGAACUCUGUGUCGAUGAAAAUUCCAGAAAAAUCAUGAACUCGAAGAUGAAUACUUGCAUGCCAAGGCACAACCAGGAACAGACAUUGGGAGACAAAAUGGUCUUUUUCUCUAUAAUCAUAUCAGCCUUAAUUAUUCUUUUAGUUGGACUAAUACUUCUUAGUUACAGAAACUUCCGGCAAGGCAAGGCGGACGGAGAAGAUGAUUUAGAAGCCGAAAAGAAUCCAAACUGGAAAAUUUCAUCUUUCCACCAAUUAGAUAUCGACGCGAACGAAAUCUGUAACUUAGAAGAAGAAAACCUAAUCGGAAUUGGCGGAACCGGAAAAGUAUACCGGUUAGAUUUGAAGAAAAGCGGGUGCACCGUGGCGGUGAAGCAGCUCUGGAAAGAAGACAAUCUAAAAGUUUCAGCUUCUGAAAUGGAGAUAUUAGGGAAAAUAAGGCAUAGAAAUAUACUAAAGCUUUAUGUAAGUUUACAGAAAGGAGAGUUGAGUUAUUUAGUGUUGGAACAUAUGGCUAAAGGCAAUUUGUUUGAAGCAAUUCACAGAAAGAUAAAAGAUGACGUGGCUGAAUUGGAUUGGAUGCAGAGGUAUAAGAUAGCUUUAGGAGCUGCAAAGGGAAUUGCUUAUUUGCAUCAUGAUUGUUCUCCACCAAUUAUUCAUAGAGAUAUAAAAUCAAGUAAUAUUUUGCUUGAUGAUGAUUAUGAGCCCAAAAUUGCUGAUUUUGGUGUGGCUAAGCUUGUGGAAAUGUCUUGUACUUCUGUUGCUGGUACUCAUGGAUAUAUUGCUCCUGAGAUGGCAUACACUCUAAAGGUGACAGAAAAGAGCGAUGUGUACAGCUUCGGCGUUGUACUACUAGAAUUAGUCACUGGUAGAAGACCGAUCGACGAAGAAGCAUACGGAGAAGGAAAAGACAUAGUUUACUGGGUGUGGACGCAUCUCAACAACCGCGAAAAUGUGAUCAAAGUCCUAGACAGUGAAAUUAUUGCCUCAGAAUCAUCAGUUGAAGACGACAUGAUUAAAGUAUUGAAGAUUGCUAUUCUGUGCACCACUAAGCUUCCGAAUCUCCGACCGAACAUGAGAGAAGUGGUGAAAAUGCUUGUAGAUGCUGAGCCUCUCUUACAGGUCGCCAGAAAAGAGUUCGGACAUAAAUAACAAGCUUUUUCUUUGUUAGGAAUAGUUGAUGUCCGAACUUGUAAGCAAGGGGCUAAUACAAGUUUACGGAGAAUAUAUAAUUAUAUGUGUGUAUAUAUGUUUGGGUUACAAGCAUAAGUUGUUUUGUUUUAUAAGGUUUAGUUUCUUUUUUUGGUAUCUACUUAAUCAGGUUACAGUAAUAUUGUGUAUUGCUUUUUGUAGAAGCAGCAAGUAAAUUUUAGUAUUAUUUGCUUCUCUA